AUGUCAGCCCUGUCACAGAUCGGCACGCCGCCGAAAUGCACCGCCGAUUUCUGUUUGAUCCCGAUUGGAACUCCCACGGCAUCGGUAUCAGCCGAGAUCGCGGAGGUGCAGAAGUUGCUCAAGCAAAGUGGCAUCAAAUACUCGAUGCACUCUGCGGGAACGACGCUUGAAGGCUCGUGGGACGAGUGUAUGAGGGUAAUGGGACAGUGCCACUCUAUGCUACACGCCCGAGGUGUUGUCCGCGUCCAGACAGAUAUUCGCGUCGGUUCACGGACAGAUAAGUCACAGACGAUGGAAGACAAAGUUGCCGCUGUCGAGCGACUGCUGGCGGCUGAGAAGUAG